AUGACGACCGAUAUCUCGGUGUCCCGGUGGGACCCCUCCAUCGGCCACGGCCAGGAGAUCAUUGAUGAGUUCGAGUACGACGGCGGCAACUCCUCCUCAAGGCUUUUCGAACGAUCGCGCAUCAAAGCGCUUGCUGACGAACGAGAGAGUGUUCAAAAGAAGACCUUUCAGAAAUGGGUGAAUUCGCAUUUAGUGCGUGUGGGGUGCCGUAUCGGCGACCUAUACGUCGACAUGAGGGACGGCAAGAUGCUGAUCAAACUAUUGGAGGUGCUAUCAGGCGAAAGAUUGCCUCGACCAACGAAAGGCAAGAUGCGUAUCCACUGCUUGGAGAAUGUGGAUAAAGCCCUCCAGUUUCUGAGGGAGCAGCGCGUGCAUUUAGAGAACAUGGGCUCGCACGAUAUCGUCGACGGUAAUCCGAGGCUGAAUCUCGGUCUCAUCUGGACCAUCAUCUUACGAUUCCAGAUUCAAGAUAUCACUAUCGAAGAGACAGACAAUAAAGAGACGAAAUCCGCCAAGGAUGCUCUGCUAUUAUGGUGUCAAAUGAAGACGGCCGGCUAUAACAACGUGAACGUUCGCAACUUCACGACGUCGUGGCGCGACGGGUUGGCCUUUAACGCAAUCAUACAUAAGCACAGACCAGACUUGAUACAGUUCGACAGGUUGCACAGAAGCAAUCCUAUACACAAUCUGAACAACGCGUUCAAUGUUGCCGAGGAGAAACUUGGUCUCACCAAGUUGCUCGAUGCUGAAGAUAUCGCGGUGGAUCAUCCCGAUGAAAAGUCAAUUAUCACAUACGUGGUGACGUAUUACCACUACUUUAGCAAGAUGAAGCAGGAGACCGUUCAGGGCAAGAGGAUCGGUAAGGUGGUUGGCAUCGCCAUGGAGAACGACAAGAUGAUGCAGGAGUACGAGUCGCUCACCAGUGAUCUUCUGCAAUGGAUCGAGCGUACGAUCGAAGCACUCGGUGAUAGGACGUUCGCUAAUUCUCUAGAGGGUGUGCGGCAACAAUUGAUUCAAUUUGCUAACUACAGGACAGUAGAAAAACCACCCAAGUUCGUGGAGAAAGGCAACUUGGAAGUAUUGCUGUUCACGCUACAGUCUCGCAUGCGCGCCGCCAAUCAGAAACCUUACACGCCUAAAGAGGGCCGUAUGAUCCACGACAUCAACCGCGCCUGGGAACGGCUCGAGAAAGCCGAACACGAGCGGGAACUAGCGUUACGCGAGGAACUCAUCCGUCAGGAGAAAUUGGAACAGCUAGCCGCCAGAUUCAAUCGAAAAGCUCAGAUGCGCGAGACUUGGCUGUCUGAAAACCAACGGCUGGUCAGCCAGGAUAACUUCGGUUUCGACCUCGCCGCUGUGGAGGCGGCCGCUAAAAAACACGAAGCCAUCGAGACUGAUAUCUUCGCGUACGAGGAACGAGUGCAAGCCGUCGUCGGUGUAUGCUCAGAAUUACAGGCAGAAAGAUACCAUGAUAUGGAGCGUGUGUGUGCUAGACGCGACAAUGUAUUGCGUCUGUGGGCGUACUUACUGGAGCUAUUGAGAGCUCGUCGAGCGAGACUCGAACUGUCACUUCAACUGCAACAAAACUUCCAGGAGAUGCUAUACAUCCUCGAUUCAAUGGAGGAGAUCAAGUUGCGUUUGUUGACGGACGAUUACGGCAAACAUCUAAUGGGCGUAGAGGACUUGCUACAGAAACACGCCCUCGUAGAGGCGGACAUCAACGUGCUCGGAGAACGCGUCAAGGUUGUAGUCGGGCAGUCUCAACGGUUCCUAGAACAAGAGGAGGGCGGAUAUCGGCCCUGCGAUCCCGCUAUUACAGUGGAACGUAUUCAACAGCUGGAGAAUGCGUACGCUGAACUCGUACAUCUGGCCGUCGAACGCAGGAAGCGUCUGGAAGACAGCCGCAAGUUGUGGCAGUUCUAUUGGGACAUGGCUGACGAAGAGAACUGGAUCAAGGAGAAGGAACAGAUCGUAUCUGUCGAUGACAUUGGACACGACCUUACUACAGUGUACCUGCUGAUAUCUAAGCACAAGGCUCUAGAAGCGGACGUUCUCGCCCACGAGCCACAACUGAUGACAGUUGCAGCUGUUGGUGACGAACUCAUCUCGCAAGGACACUUCGGUGCGGACAGGAUACAGGAUCGUCUCCGCGACAUCCUAUCUCAGUGGAAUCACUUGUUGGACGUGGUUUCACUCCGCAAGAAUCGUCUCGACGCCGCCGUACGGUACCAUCAACUGUUCGCAGACGCUGACGACAUCGAUAACUGGAUGCUGGAUACGCUUAGAUUGGUGUCAUCCGAGGAUACAGGUGUUGACGAAGCUCAAGUGCAAAGUCUACUCAAGAAACACAAGGACGUCACUGACGAGCUCAAGAAUUAUGCCAAUGUUAUUCAGCAGCUCAAACAACAGGCAAGCGAACUCAGUCCCGAGGACGCGAACAGUCCCGAGGUUCGCGAGCGUCUCGCCGCUAUCGACGCUCGUCACGGCGAACUCGCGGAACUCGCGCGUCUCCGUAAACAGCGGCUGUUGGACGCGUUGUCGCUGUUCAAGUUGCUCGCUGAAGCGGACGCUGCUGAUCAGUGGAUCGCCGAGAAGGACAGGAUGCUGGACACUAUGCUGCCGCCCAAGGAUAUUGACGAUGUCGAGAUCAUGAAGCACAGAUACGACGGUUUCGACAAGGAGAUGAACGCAAACGCGUCUCGCGUGGCGGUGGUGAACCAGUUGGCGCGUCAGCUGAUCCACGUGGAGCACCCGCAGGCGCCCGCCAUCCAGCAGCGGCAGCAGGAUCUCAACCAGGCCUGGAGUGCACUCAGGGAGAAGGCGGAGUCGAAGAAGGACGAACUAAAGUCCGCUCAGGGCGUGCAGACGUUCCAUAUAGAAUGCCGCGAGACCGUCUCCUGGAUCGAGGAUAAGAAGCGUAUUCUACAGCAGACUGACAACCUUGAGAUGGAUCUUAACGGUGUAAUGACUCUACAACGCCGCCUGUCUGGUAUGGAGCGAGACUUGGCCGCCAUACAGGCGCGUAUUACGUCUCUAGAGAGCGAAGCAAGCGCCAUAGAGGAUGAACAUCCAGACGAGGCUCAACUCAUACGAGACCGUAUUCACGCGAUCACUGACAACUGGGAACAGCUCACGCAAAUGCUCAAAGAGCGUGAUGCUAAAUUGGAGGAAGCCGGCGAUCUUCACCGUUUCCUGCGCUCUGUCGACCACUUCCAGGCUUGGCUCACCAAGACCCAGACCGACGUUGCUUCCGAAGACACGCCGUCAAGUUUGGCGGAAGCAGAGAAACUGUUGUCACAGCAUCAGACCAUCAAGGAGGAGAUCGACAACUACAAGGACGAGUACGCUAAGAUGAUGGAAUACGGAGAGAAGAUCACUGCAGAGCCGUCGACACAAGACGAUCCACAGUACAUGUUCCUGCGCGAGCGCUUGAAGGCUCUGCGCGAGGGAUGGGCGGAGCUGCAGCAGAUGUGGGAGAACCGGCAGCAGCUGCUCGCCCAGAGCCUGGAGCUGCAGCUGCUGCAGCGGGACGCGCGGCAGGCGGAGGUGCUGCUGGCGCACCAGGAGCUCAGAUUGGCAAAAACCGAGCCCCCGACAAAUCUGGAACAAGCGGAAAACCUCAUCAAAGAGCACGAAGCCUUCCUCACCACGAUGGAAGCAAACGACGACAAGAUCAACUCGGUUGUGCAAUUCGCCAACAGACUCGUCGAAGAAAGACAUUUCGACGCCGACAAAGUGCAAAGAAAGGCUGAUAGUAUUGAGCAAAGACGCAACGCAAACCGCGAACGAGCGCUCCAACAGAUGGAGCGGCUUCAGGAUCAACUUCAGCUUCAUCAGUUCCUCCAAGAUUGCGACGAGCUCGCCGAAUGGGUGCAAGAGAAGAAUGUUACCGCUCAAGAUGACACGUAUCGUUCAGCGAAAACUAUCCACUCCAAAUGGACACGCCAUCAGGCAUUCGAAGCCGAAAUCGCUGCCAAUAAGGAACGCCUAUUCGCCGUACAGAACGCGGCCGAAGAGCUGAUGAAACAAAAACCGGAGUUCGUAGAAGUGAUCUCACCUAAAAUGCAUGAGCUCCAGGAUCAGUUCGAGAAUCUUCAGACAACCACUAAAGAUAAGGGCGAGAGAUUAUUCGACGCCAAUCGUGAGGUGCUCCUCCACCAGACUUGCGAUGAUAUCGACUCGUGGAUGAACGAGUUGGAGAAGCAAAUCGAGAACACCGACACCGGCACUGAUCUGGCAUCUGUCAAUAUUCUAAUGCAGAAGCAACAGAUGAUCGAGACUCAGAUGGCCGUCAAAGCUAAGCAGGUGACCGAGCUGGAAACCCAGGCGGAAUACCUGCAAAAGACUGUGCCGGACAAGAUGGAGGAGAUCAAAGAAAAGAAGAAAUCUGUCGAACAAAGAUUCGAGCAACUGAAGGCGCCUCUAUUGGACCGGCAAAGACACUUGGCCAAGAAGAAGGAGGCAUUCCAAUUCAGACGGGACGUCGAGGAUGAGAAACUGUGGAUCCACGAGAAAAUGCCUUUGGCUACUAGCACCGAUUACGGCAACUCCCUGUUCAACGUGCAAAUGCUGCAGAAGAAAAAUCAGUCAUUGAAAACUGAGACUGAUAAUCAUGAACCUCGAAUACUGACUGUAAUAUCUAAUGGACAGAAGCUGAUCGACGAAGGCCACGAGGCCACCCCUGAGUUCAAACAGCUUAUAGAAGAACUUACCGCGAGAUGGCGAGAACUUAAAGAUGCCAUCGAACAACGCAAGAACAAACUGUCCCAAUGGGAGAAGGCCCAUCAGUACUUAUUCGAUGCGAAUGAAGCAGAGGCAUGGAUGAGCGAACAGGAACUGUACAUGAUGGUGGAAGACCGUGGUAAAGAUGAGAUAUCCGCGCAAAACCUGAUGAAGAAACACGAGAUAUUGGAGCAGGCAGUGGACGAUUACGCGCAGACGAUCAGGCAAUUGGGAGAGACCGUAAGGCAACUUACCAGUGAGGAACAUCCUUUGAGCGAACAAAUAUCAGUGAAGCAGUCUCAAGUGGACAAGUUGUACGCCGGUCUAAAAGACUUGGCCGGCGAGAGACGCGCCAAGUUGGAUGAAGCCCUGCGUCUGUUCCAACUGUCACGGGAAGUCGACGAUCUGGAGCAGUGGAUAACUGAACGGGAACUGGUGGCGAGCUCACAGGAACUCGGCCAGGAUUACGACCACGUCACCCUCCUCUGGGAAAGAUUCAAGGAAUUCGCCCGCGAGACACAAGCGGUCGGUUCUGAGCGCGUCGCUACAGCGGAACGUAUCGCGGACCAGAUGAUCGCCAACGGGCAUUCUGAUAACGCAACCAUCGCUCAGUGGAAGGAGGGACUCAAGGAGACCUGGCAGGAUCUGCUCGAACUCAUCGAGACUAGGACGCAGAUGUUGGCCGCAUCACGCGAGUUGCAUAAAUACUUCCACGACUGCAAGGACACUCUUCAGCGUGUUAACGAAAAAGCACGUGGCGUCAGCGACGAGCUCGGCCGCGACGCAAUCAGCGUUGGCGCUCUGCAACGGAAACAUCACAACUUUAUGCAAGAUUUGAGCACGCUUCAACAACAGGUGGAAGCUAUUACCGCGGAGUGUAGCCGCUUAGGGGCGUCGUACGCGGGCGACAAGGCGGCGGAGAUAACUCGUCGCGCGGGCGAAGUGGCGGACGCGUGGGCGGCCUUACAAGCCGCUUGUAAAGCGAGGCGCGCCAAACUGGAGGACGCUGACGACCUCUACCGGUUCCUGAACCAAGUGAGGACGCUCACGCUCUGGAUGGACGAUGUCGUGCGACAGAUGAACACAGGGGAGAAGCCUAGGGACGUAAGCGGCGUAGAAUUGCUCAUGAACAACCAUCAGUCGCUGAAGGCGGAGAUAGACACGCGCGAGGAUAACUUCACCGCUUGCAUCACACUCGGCAAGGAGUUACUGGCGAGGCAACACUACGCCACCGCUGACAUCAAGGAUAAGCUGCUGCUGCUCACCAACCAGAGGAACGCGCUGCUGAGGCGGUGGGAGGAGCGCUGGGAGAAUCUGCAGCUCAUCCUGGAGGUGUACCAGUUCGCUCGUGAUGCCGCUGUGGCGGAGGCGUGGCUGAUCGCACAGGAACCGUACCUGAUGUCACAGGAGUUGGGUCACACCAUCGACGAAGUGGAAAGCCUCAUCAAGAAACAUGAGGCCUUCGAAAAAUCUGCCGCCGCCCAGGAAGAUAGGUUCAGCGCUCUACAGAGACUUACUACGUUCGAAGUGAAAGAGAUGAAGCGUCGCCAAGAGGCUGCCGAAGCGGCGGAACGCGAACGGCUCGAGCGGGAGGCGGCCGAAGCUGCGGCCGCGGCACAGGAUGCGGUCGAUCGCGCCGCAGAACCGGAGCCGCAACCGCAGGAGGGUGCUAGCCCCGCCGGGGAGGAUGAAGGCGUUGAGGGUACGUUGGUGCGCAAACAUGAGUGGGAGUCUGCUGCCAAACGAGCCUCCAACAGAUCUUGGGACAAGGUGUACGUGGUAGCUAAGGAGGGUCGCAUGUCGUUCUACAAAGACCAGAAGUCGUAUAAGGCGACUCCGGACCAGCACUGGCGCGGGGAGCCGCCGCUGGACCUCAACGGUGCUGUGGUCGAGGUUGCCGCCAAUUAUACCAAGAAGAAGCACGUGUUCCGGCUUAGGUUGGGUAGCGGCGCGGAGUUCCUGCUGCAGGCGCACGACGACACGGAGAUGCAGUGGUGGCUGGAGGGGCUGCGCGCGCGCACCGCCGCGCCCGCCGCGCGCUCGCACACGCUGCCCGCGCCCGCCAACAGCGAGCCCAAGCGCAGAUCCUUCUUCACGCUCAAGAAGAACUAAGCACUAUUAGCUGGAACGUACUCACCGGCGGAUGAUAAUAUUUCUCACGACGCUUGCCGCUGUAAGCUUUGCUUAUGAAGAAAUCACUGGCGGCAUCCCCAUCGACUGUCGUACAUUAUUAAACGUUAUACAUUAUUAUUUUGUUGCGUACAAAUACGUUAUUUAAGACUGUAUGGUAAAUGAGUGUUCGAUUCGCCUGUAUUUAUUGGCCGGCCCCGAAACCGGCCAGCGUAUAGAUAUAUCGACCGAGUAUGUAUGAUCCCACCCCCCUAUCAGAAAGUGUAUAAUUGUUGUAAUAUGAAAAAAAUACGGUUAUUAUUAUUAUUAU